CCCCUUCCCCUCCCUCUCCCACCACGCUACUUUUUCUGUUUUCUUCAUAAACACUUGCUCAAUCGUGCCAUUGCCCCCGUUUGCAUUGUCACGAAAAAUAAAGUACCUAAUGUUGCCCGAAUUGCCUUCGGAGAUCUGGCAUAAGAUCUACUCCAAGCUGACCUUUCGAGAAUGUAUUCGUUGCACAAGAGUGUGUCGUAGUUGGCGAUCAAAGAUAUUGAGUUGGUCCGGAUUGUGGCAUGAAAUAUCCAACGAACAUGGAUACCAAAGCAUAUCCACAUUACAACCCUACACUCCUUAUUUGGUUAGCAGUGCAGUGCAACGGUUCCGCAUUAACACACACGGUGGUCAGCAACGAUCACCGCGUGAUAAGGCUAUCCAUGCUAUGGUAACCUUGAACUUUUUGAUCGAGCACAAUUGUAAUAGCAUUAAAGAAGUGGUUCUUCGGCAACUUCCCAAUUUGGUGACCUUUGUCUACCGCGCGGUGGUGACCCAAACGGACGAGUCCAUUGAGGACGAGCCCUGGUGCUUAUUUGAACCGGGCAUGCACCUGCCACACGAGAACUUGGCAGAACUCACCAUCGAAAUGUUUGGCAACGGUCGACCGAUGUCCAUGCAUCUGCUCUUACACCUGCUCCCCAAGCUCCGCCGAGUGAGUCUCAAUGCAUUAGAUUGCGACGACGCGACUGCCGUGCUACACGCCCUUGCUUACAACUGCCACGUGAUUGAACUCAUCGAGAUCCAUGAUGGCCACGAUGACAACUUUCGAUGGAGUGAAGCACACACGCAUCCUGGCAAAGGCCUUCAGUUCUUGGUGGUCGAUGGGGACGACCGCUUUACAGAUGCAGACGCCUUACACCCGGUGAUCGCAAAACAUCACAUUACUUUACGUCUACUACGUAUCAAGGGAUACGAGCCUCUCGGCAGAAUGACGCUUUCACACUGGGCUCGGUUACCGUUCCCAAAGUUGCGAAACCUGAUUCUUGUCAACCUAGACGACCAGCCUCCUGGUGAGGUACCGGACUUGACCAAAGAUUUAUGUGCCUUUCUGCGUCAGGCCACUGAAUUGCGACGCGCAGACAUUUCGAUAUCCAACCUGAUGAACGACAGCGUGCUCAGCUGCCUUGCAGAUAUGAAGCAGCUCGGUGAACUCAGACUCUCAUCUUGUACCACACUGUCCGAAAGCGGCUUUAUCCGGUUCAUCCAAAGUCCUGCGGUUCAAAAGAACCUAAAGAGUCUAGAAUUGGAUGAUGUGGACGUGCUCAAUGGCAAACUGCUCAACAUUAUGGGCGAAUCUUUGACAGUAUUUGAACAAGUGACUAUCGCUGCAUGUCGAAAUGUGCAUGUUCGCGAGAUACCUCAAUUCCUAGCCGAUAUCCGCGUUCCUUUGAAACGUUUCAACUUGGUGUGCUUUGUCAAGGCAGAUGAAUGUCCUGAUGAGUUGCUUGAUUCAAUUGUGGAUCAGCUCAAGAACAAGGCUGAGGAGUGGAAGUUUGUAUUGGAAACAACAUCCCAUAAUGAAGACUGGCUACCUUCUCUCUACCGGGUGCUCACAUCAGAAGACAGCUCAUAAAUAAUAGCGUACACACUCAAACAAAACGAGCAUGGCGACAAACACUUGACAUCGGCUUAUCGUCAUUAUUAUCCUCAUCACGUAGCGGCUUUAUCUUUUCUUCCUGUAAAUACCCUAGGACUCCCAACUCGUCAUUUACAUCAAGUUUUAUUUUGUUUUCUUUGACUUUGCGUAUACUAAUAUCCAUACAUAUAAUCCCUCUAGUCAUCGAAUCGAAG